AUGAAGCUACCUCGCACGAAUCGAUCAUUAUCAAGCUUUCAUUUUCGCCAUAGCUGCAGAAAUGUAAGCUCUGUGAUCGAUUCUUCUCAAAAUGACAGUAGAACCAAUGAAGAUUGGCAAUUCGUCGAUGCCGUCAAAAGAAUCGUACGGGGAAAACGGAGCUGGGAGAUAGCACUGAGCGGUGAGCUCGUUUCGAGAAGAUUGAAGCAUUUCCAUGUAGAAGAGGUUCUGAUCGGAACCCUAGAUGAUCCGAAAUUGGGUCUGAGGUUUUUCAAUUUCCUCGGUUUGCACAGAGGAUUCGACCAUUCCACGGCGUCGUUUUGCAUCUUGAUCCAUGCUUUGUUCCAAGCUAAUCUCUUUUGGCCUGCUUCGUCUCUGUUGCAGACGCUUCUCCUUCGUGCUUUGAAGCCAAGUGAGGUUUUUGAUUCGCUUUUUAGUUGUUACGAAAAAUAUAAGCUUAGUUCAAGCUCGAGUUUUGAUUUGUUGAUUCAGCAUUAUGUAAGAAGUAGGAGAGCUUUAGAUGGGGUUUUGGUGUUUAGGAUGAUGAUGAAAAUUGGUUUAUUGCCUGAAGUGAGAACUUUGAGUGCUCUCUUACAUGGAUUGGUUAACUUUAGGCAUUUUGGUUUGGCGAUGGAGUUGUUUGACGAUAUGAUCGAUGUGGGUAUUUGUCCUGAUGUAUACAUUUACACAGGAGUGAUACGUAGCUUGUGUGAGCUGAAAGAUCUCUCUCGAGCAAGAGAAAUGAUUGUUCGUAUGGAGGCAACUGGAUGUGAUGUGAAUAUAGUUCCAUAUAAUGUGUUGAUAGAUGGGCUUUGUAAGAAGCAGAAAGUCUGGGAGGCUGUUGAGAUAAAGAACGAUUUAGCCGGAAAAGGUUUGAAACCAGAUGUUGUGACGUAUUGUACAUUAGUCCGCGGGUUAUGUAAAGUGCAAGAAUUUGAGGUCGGGUUGGAGAUGAUGGAUGAGAUGUUACGUUUGAGCUUCAGUCCUAGCGAAGCUGCAGUUACAGUUUUGGUAGAGGGAUUAAGGAAGAAGGGAAAGAUUGAAGAGGCGCUUCAGUUGGUUAAAAGAGUAGCAGAAUUUGGUGUGUCGCCUAAUCUUUUUGUGUAUAAUGCAUUGCUCGACUCAUUGUGCAAAUGUAAAAAGUUUGACAAAGCUGAGUUGCUAUUUUAUAGGAUGGAGAAAAUCGGGUUGUGUCCGAAUGAGGUGACCUAUUCAAUUUUGAUAGAUAUGUUUUGCAGAAGAGGAAAACUGGACACUGCACUUAGUUUCAUGGGGAAAAUGAAUGAUGCGGGUUUAAAACCAACUGUUUAUCCAUACAACUCUUUGAUUAACGGGCACUGCAAGUUCGGUGACAUUAGUGCAGCAGAGAAUUUCAUGGCGGAGUUGAUUAAAAAAAAGUUGGAGCCAACAGUGGUAACGUACACAUCAUUGAUGGGUGGAUAUUGCAGCAAAGGGAAAAUACACAAUGCUCUUAGGCUCUAUCAUGAGAUGACAGGGAAAGGUAUUGCGCCGAGUAUCUAUACAUUCACCACGCUUAUAUCGGGUCUUUUUCGUGCUAAGUUUAUCCGUGAUGCAGUAAAACUAUUUAAUGAGAUGGCAGAAUGGAACGUUAAGCCAAACAGAGUGACUUAUAAUGUCAUGAUUGAAGGCUAUUGCGAGGAAGGUGACAUGGCUAAAGCCUUUGAGUUGGAGAAUGAGAUGAUCGAGAAAGGAAUUGUGCCUGAUACCUACACUUUUAGACCGUUGAUACACGGGCUAUGUAUCACAGGUCGAGCUUCGGAAGCUAAAGAGUUUGUGGACGGCCUUCACAAGGGUAACUAUGCACUGAAUGAGAUAUGUUAUACCGCACUCUUACACGGGUUUUGCAGAGAAGGAAGAUUAGUGGAGGCGUUAAGCAUUUGUGAGGAGAUGGUACAAAGAGGAGUGGAUAUGGACCUCGUGUGCUAUGGUGUUCUUAUAGAUGGAAGUUUAAAGCACAAAGAUCGAAAGGUGUUUCUUGGACUGUUAAAGGAGAUGCAUGAUAGAAGACUCAAGCCUGAUGAUGUGAUCUAUACAAGUAUGAUUGAUGCAAAGAGCAAAACCGGAGAUUUCGAGGAAGCAUUUGGGAUAUGGGAUUUGAUGAUAAACGAAGGGUUUGUACCUAAUGAAGUCACUUAUACUGCUGUUAUCAAUGGACUAUGCAAAGCCGGGUUUGUAAAUGAAGCCGAGUUUCUACGUUUAAAAAUGCUGUCUGGCAGUUCUGUUCCCAACCAAGUAACAUACGGUUGUUUUCUCGACAUUCUCACCAAAGGGAAAGGAGACAUGCAGAAAGCUGUGGAGCUCCAUAAUGCGAUUUUGAAAGGGCUUUUAGCAAACACCGCUACAUACAAUAUGUUGAUCCGUGGAUUUUGUAGACAAGGGAGAAUGGAGGAAGCUUCUGAGCUCAUAACAAGGAUGAUAAGUAACGGUGUUUCUCCAGAUUGUAUAACCUACACAACCAUGAUCUAUGAGUUGUGCAGGAAGAACGAUGUGAAGAAAGCAAUUGAGUUAUGGGACUCGAUGACGGAAACUGGUGUAAGGCCCGAUAGAGUAGCAUAUAACAUCCUGAUACACGGUUGUUGUGUGUUGGGGGAAAUGGAGAAGGCCAUUGAGUUGAGGAAUGAGAUGUUGAGACAAGGCUUGAAGCCUAACUCCAAAACAUGUGGAACAACUAUUUCAAAUGACUCUAGUUCGAAAUCCUGA